CUGGGGGUGGGGGGUGGGGAGAUAACUCACCGGGAAAGUCCAUGGCGGUGUCCGCAUUGCUCACACCAUCCGUGCGCCUCGGUCCGUUAAUUGGAAACGAGGCUCUUAUUUGAGGAUCCACGCCACUUAUCCGGUCACGACGGGGGAAGCGGUCUCAGUAAGGAAGCCCAGACUUCCUGGUCUGCGGCCACCUCUUCCAGUUCCACUGGGGGGGACACGAGGCAUUCCCCCGGCAACGGAGGUGUUCCGAAAGUUAAGUGGUCUCAACACAGUGUCAAGAGGAUCUCCUGGACCCCAGUACAAUGUACAAAAAGUAUAAAAACACAAAGUUACCUUAUUUAGCAUUUGGUAUUUCUCCAAGGAUGAGUGUGUUUGAAAGCUGUCAUUUAAUAGCAAGCACUUAGCACCACUGUUUCUCUGGAGAAGAUGUCAAUGGUUCACAGACAAGCAUCUGGUCCAGUUCUGCUGCUGUCAGGAAUGAACACAAAAUUUGAUGUGAGCGGCAGGAAGGAAGUGACUCUGGAAAAGUGGUGGGAAAUAGUAAACCUGUUCCCACAUGAGCUGUGAUGGCUUCACUGCUGUUCUCCUCACUGGAGGAGCUCAUGUCACAGCAUGUGGCUCCCUCUAUGGGCUGGUAGCUGAUAAGCACAUUGUAAUCGUUUGUCAACGAAGGCCCAGUCUGAAUGUGGACGCUUGGAAGAAGGAUUUUUUGUGGAGGUCACUGGCUUUGGUGCUUUAUCCUCAGUGGUCCUGAAGUUUACUGUCAUCUCCACAGACACGAGCCGAUUCAGUUCCAGGUUGUCCUGACCGCACCAGGAAACCUGCUGGUCGACCUCAAGUGCAUAAGUACUUCGGUACGAGGUAUAUUAUUUAAAAAAACAAACAAACAAAAAAAAACCUUAAACUGUAUUAUGGAAAGCAGGAAGUGAACAAAUGUAACAGUUACUGAUUGUAAAAGUACCAGAUGGAGGGAUAGGAUUUAAUAAGCUUUGCUUCUUCCUACUCCUUUUGGACAUGAACUGGGAACUGAAAUCUACAAACAAGAUCCCGGCACAUGUCCCCGCAGAGUUGUUGACGUGUUGCAGAAUGUCAUGCAGCUCCGCGUACGCUGCAUCCUCGACGCAUCUGUUUGGCUGGUAAGCAAACUGCAUUGGAUCCAGCAGCCUAUAAAUGCCUUCCAGGUGGUCCAACGGCAGGUAGGCACCAGAUUUUAUUGGUGGAGGUUGAAGCUGUGAGUGAGGUGGGGGUUGGGUGUGAAAACCUGCAGUACAACUCUUUCAGGUUGUUGGCUCGUCUUUUGUUCUCCGCUGGUUUGGGGGGCUGUUUCCUGAAGUUGGUGAUGGUCUUCAAACCUUUCCGCACAGUAUCUGUGUCGUUUGCUGAGAAUAUUUAUUUCAAGUUCUUGGAGUAUUGUUUUUGUAUUUACACCACAAUGGUUCCACUGUACAAAGGGUGAAAUUUUGCAUUUCAUGAAUAAUGAAAUUAUAUCAAAAUAAUAUCAUAAUUUCAAAAUAAUUUCAUAAUAGGUGACCGAGCAGAAAAUAUUAAUGUUUACUUCAAUGUGUCAAUGUGGAUUCAAUUUAUUUUGAUCAUUUGAUGCCUGUAUUUGAAAAAUAACAAAACCAUAUUUAAAUUUGCACCUAUUUUGGGGCGCCCUUUUAGAAUUGUCCUUUUUUAAUUUUUUUCAGAAUAUUCCCUGAUUAUUUGUCAAAGACAAAGUCCGUUGGAAAUAAUUUUAAUGGCAGAACAAAUGUGUUGGAGUCGAAGUAAGAACACGGACGAAUUACACAGUUGCACCAAAACAGGAAGUGCAGCGCAAAACCGCGCUAGUUACGCGACGUUAGCUUGUUAGGAGUGACUUUUUCAAUGGACUAUGGCGGAACCUGAUAUCGUGAUUGAUUGGGGAGGGAGUGACGCCCGAGAAGUGGAUGUCUCGGCGAAGAUGACACCUCUUUUGACGAACGUCCACACUGGUCUUCUUCCCCCUCUGGCGGACCCUGUGAGGAUAUCUCUCAGUGAUGGAGACUACCAGUACUACCAUUACGGCUGCGAUGGGCUAGAUGACAGAGGAUGGGGGUGUGGCUACCGCACCAUUCAGACAAUGUCAUCCUGGUUGGGCCACAACUUGAAGGUCCAGAAAAGACCUCCACCGAGCUUCCAGGACAUCCAGCAAGCCUUGGUCUCCAUGAUGGACAAGCCAGGCUCCUUCCUCGGCUCCAAGGAGUGGAUUGGGACAUUUGAAGCAUCACUGGUCCUGGAUUAUUUUUACAACGUCUCCUGUAAAUUAGUGCAUGUCAGAGGUGGAGGGUUGGAGUUGGAGGAUGUUGCCGUUAAAGCGCUCCAUCAGCACUUGGACAAGCAUAGAUGUCCUGUAAUGAUGGGAGGGGACAGGGACAACUCGUCUAAGGGGAUCUUCGGCGUGUGCACUGGGAACAGUGGAAGUUACCUGCUGGUUGUUGACCCCCACUACUAUGGCGGUACACUGGAGAGGGCAGAAGCACAACGCCAAGGCUGGGCGGCAUGGAAAAGCGUGUCGUCUCUGGAUCAGUCGUCUUUUUAUAAUCUCUGUUUGCCUCAGACUGGCACAAAAGUCACUUAAAUAUGUGUGUCAUAACACCAGUGUUGGUGCCUAAUCUGAAGUAGAACUGCACGAUUCUGCACAAAUGUAAACAAAUGUUUUUUUUUCUUGACAUUCUCUUGGAUGAUUCUAUUCAUGUGCGCAUUGUGUUCAUGGGCAUGUGCCUUUGUUUAAAAUAAAUCACAAUGCUUUUUUAUUACUAUUA